GGGAACUCAGUAAUGUGUCUUACAACAACACUUUGUGUAAAUUUAUAUUAGAGUGCUUUCGAACAAUCAUUUAUAAUCAUUGAUCAGUUAUCGCUUGCGCGAGAGUACGCGCAAGCGAAUGCGCAACAGCGCUGUCAAAACUAUAAAUGUAAAUAAACCGAGCGUUGACGCUCUCUUUAGUUUUGUACUCCAAACGAACAACAAGUGUCUUUCUUACCCCAGAAGAAACCCCCCGAGAUUUACCGUUAAUUAAGUGGUUUUAAUCGCUAGGUCUAAAGUGUCGGUUUUGCUGUAGUUCCUCCCGUGAGCUGUUAAUAAAGUUAUUUAUUGGUUCCGGUUCUCCGGAUUCAAAAGUGGCGACGAGGAAAACUGGUGCGGCGGAGGAUUUCGGCGCAUUCGGACGGCUAUACGGAGCAACAGCGGCAACAGCACUCCAUCAUCCGCGAUCUGCGCGGCGGCGGCGGCGCUAACUGCGGUUAAUUAGGGAUAAAUUCACAGCGGGUGGCCAUACGGUUGUUUCCGGGUGCUGCUGGUUCCUUCCCGCUGGGAGGUGGUCGGUUCGUUUCUUCCCGCCGGGUGGCGAUUAGUGCCUGGUUCGUGGACAUCGUGGUAAGAUCGACAUCGAUCGGGUGAGUAACGAUCAAUUUUAGUGCGACUUGUGUUUGAAGAUUUUUGCAAUUUUAUUGAUUGUGUGAAACUGUUGUAGAAAUUUUGACGUAGGACUACGCUAGACAAAUUUUGAUUGUUUUGAAAACUUUAACAUUUUGAAACUUUAUUGAUUGCAAUUAGUGUUGUAAACCUGUGAAGUGUAUUUAACGACUAAAUUUGUGUUUUUGCUUAUUUUUGGCAAAUAUGGCGUAUGUGUUAAAUCCUAAUAUUGAGCCUUUCCGCAAAGGUCAUUCUUUUUCAACUUGGAUUAAACUAUUAGGAUUUCAUUUUCGAGUCAACAAGGUCAAUGACGAUCAAAAGAAGGAUCAAAUGUUUUUGUUAGGUGGAGAUUACCUUUUUAGUAUGGCGGACAAAUUGUAUCCGACCGAAGAAAUGUUAGACGAAGUGUCUUAUGAAAUUUUAAUUCAAAAGCUUAAGGAAAAACUUGACGAAACUGAUUCAAUUCUACUACAAAGGUAUAAUUUUAGUAUGAAAAUGCAACAACAUGAGGAAACUGCAAGUGAUUUCAUUUUUUCGCUUAAAGCUUUGGCGGAACAUUGUAAUUUUGGUGACCAAAAGAAUCGCCUUAUAGUUGAUCGCAUUCUUGUUGGUUUAACUGAUAAUUCCCUUAGACAUAGACUUUUAACUGAAGAUAGCUCAAAAUUGACUUUAGCACAAGUUGAAAACAUUAUCGCUUCAUGGGAAACGGCGAAUAUUCAUACAAAAGCUUUGAAGAACAAUGACAAUUAUGUCUUAGUGGCUUCAAUUUAUAACAGAUAUGCUUCUUCUAAUGGAAGACAAUUUGCUGAAUGAAAAGUAAGAACAAGUCCCAAAGGUUUUCGUGGUUCAAUGAAUAGUCGUUUUGGUUUUCAAUCUGCGGAAGAUCGUUAUAACGUAACUAGGUCAAGAUUUCAGCAUCCUAGGCAUCGACAUCCACCAGCUGGUACAAUCCAUAGGCGCAGAAGAAUGGACGACACACGAUGGACAAUGGAACAACCAAUCUGUGAUUACUGCGGACGAAGAGGACACCAGCGAAGACAGUGCUACAUACUGAGGGACGAUUUGAGCGAUGAAGAAGUCAACUACAUUCCUGAGGCGGUUACCGAUGACACAAAUGGACUGUCCGAGGAAGUUGAUAGGCUAAUGACCAUCGAUUGUGGUUCGGACGGUAGUGAUUCAGUUGAACUAGAGUGUAUGCAUGUUUCUUCCAUUGAAAAAAGUGAUCCCUGUCUAUUGAAUGUCUCUAUUGAAGACAAUCCUGUACAAAUGGAGGUUGACAGUGGUUCCUCAGUUACAGUGAUGGACAAAAAUUCAUUUAAUUCUAAAUUUGACAUUCCUUUAUUAAAAAGCUCUAAACAACUUGUUGUGGUAAAUGGUUCCAGAUUACAGGUGUCUGGUGAAGUGGAAGUUAAUGUUCAACAUAAUGACAAAAUAGCAAAAUUAAAUCUGUUAGUGAUUGAUUGUGAUUAUCAGUUCAUUCCACUACUGGGUAGACCAUGGUUGGAUGAAUUUUGUCCCAACUGGAGAAAUUUUUUUGGUGACUUGAUGCCAGUGAACAAUAUUUUGAAAAAUCAAAGCAAAGCACUAGUUGCUGAUACGAAUCCAAACUUGUACGACAUAGUUGUCAAGAAUUCGACUAAAGCUGUAAAACAUUUGGAAACAGACUUGAUUUCAACUCGUGAAGUGCCAAUUUUUGAACAUUUUCAUGACGUUCCCUUUUAUUUUCGGGAGAUUAUUUUCAAAUGUGAUAAUAGGUUUAAUACAGAGAAGUCAAUUAUUACUAUUGAAACAAAACCUCAUACAACCGCUUGUAUUUUGGACAAAGUUAAACAACCGAUAUUUUCAACGUUUGAUUUGUUGGAUGCUGCGCAAACCAUGAUCAACAGUGCUGCCUUAACGGGUAAUGCUGAUGUUUGCCUACGACUUCGAUCGAAAUUGUCUGUUCUUCUGGAAUAUCAUCAAAAAUUUGGAAAAAGCUUGAUGUUUGAGAACAACUUACCGGUAAUUUUACUGGAUAUUGCAAAGCAGACAAGGCGUUAUACGUUUUUGCAGCAGCUUUUGAGCAUUCUACACCAUGGUUGGCAAGCUACCAUUGAUAAGCUUGUUGUUGCUUGUGGCCUUUGUGCAACUGUGGAAAUACUUCCAAAACUAAACAUUAGGACAAAAAGCAAACCUGCCGAGACACCAUUUAGUAAGAAACACACAAUUGAUUUUCGUUUCAAGCACAAUGCCUUCUUAUUGUUGGUGAACAGUUUCUCUAAAUGGGUGGAGGUAAAUAGUAUGAGGAAAAUUUUAUUAAAAUUUGCUGAUUGUUUUGGAUUGCCAGACUUAUUGUCGGACAAAGGUCUCUCGUUUAACACGCUAUCAAAAUUCAUAACUAAGCAAAUACAAAGCAUUAAUGUAACUAACAAACAUUACAAUCCUGCUGAUACUGGCCAGGAAAAGCUGACAUUUUACUUCAAGCAUGGAAUCGUUGAGUGGUGUGUGAGAGACCGGAUGGCUUUGAAAGUUUUGACGUUGAAGGUUGAAUUUCCUUCUGAAUAUGUACUUGCAUGUUUAGUAUUGAUGGUUACCAACAUGGUUAACCAAAACAGAAAUUAUCAGCUAAUGCUGAUACUACUGUUUCUACUGUUUUUGAAAGCAAAUCAAUACUACACUGACGACAUUACAUUUAAGGUGUGGAGUAAGCAAAACAUUCCACAUCUACAAGAACAACGGGUAAUUAUAUGUUUUUCAAAGCGGAUUUCUGAAAACUUAUUACAGAUCCUGGUAGAUGCCGAAACGAGAUCAACCACUCAUUCUACUCGAAUUCGGAUCGUUGAAGAUGGACGAGAACCAGAGCUGUCAACACGGUCGAUACGAGUGGUCAAGACUGGUCGGUCAAUGCCGGCUAUCGCUGAAUCCAAUAGAGGAGCCGUGGACGGAGGUGAUGUCCGGCAAAUACCGGAUCAGAGUGUUAUCGAAGAAAGAAGAAAAAGUGAUAUACUAAUAGAGCGUAGAAACAAGAAAAGAAAAGCCCAGUCGGAAUUGGUAGAGCUUACUGGCCUACCCCGACGUUCGAAGCGAGUUAGGAAAUCUAGAGUAGAAAAUGAAUUCAUACUUUGUCAAACGAUACCCCUUUAGUUGAAUUUCUGUUCAAUAACUUUUUUUUAUAAGGAGGAAGAGCUAAUGUGUCUUACAACAACACUUUGUGUAAAUUUAUAUUAGAGUGCUUUCAAACAAUCAUUUAUAAUCAUUGAUCAGUUAUCGCUUGCGCGAGAGUACGCGCAAGCGAAUGCGCAACAGCGCUGUCAAAACUAUAAAUGUAAAUAAACCGAGCGUUGACGCUCUCUUUAGUUUUGUACUCCAAACGAACAACAAGUGUCUUUCUUACCCCAGAAGAAACCCCCCGAGAUUUACCGUUAAUUAAGUGGUUUUAAUCGCUAGGUCUAAAGUGUCGGUUUUGCUGUAGUUCCUCCCGUGAGCUGUUAAUAAAGUUAUUUAUUGGUUCCGGUUCUCCGGAUUCAAAACUCAGAUUCCAGGCCAUUCAUCUGGAAGCUAGGGGCAAGACACUGUGCAAACGAGAGUAACUCUGAGAAAUUCUGAGUAACUCAUUUCACCAAUGAUCGACGAAAUUUGUUGAAAAACACCCCUAAAACUGCAAGAAAGGCGAGACAUCGGGCAAUAUUGUUUUGAUUUUGCAAUGAAUCAGGCAACACCCAAGUAAAAUCGGGAGCAAUCCGGAGGAAUUCUGAGCAACUCUGUGAUGGGAAAUGUACUCUCCAGCACAGUGUCUUGCCCCAAGUCUGGAAGCCCACUAACGUGAGGCAAUUAGGAAGUCUCUAAAUGAAGGAAACAAUGUUUCAGGCCAUUUAGAGAGUCAAAUGAAGGGAACAAUGAUUCCAGGCCAUUUGACUGAUCCGAAGUCGGAUAAAGUAAAGCGAAGGGAAUUAAGAUUCUAGACCGCUAAUUUUGAGCAUAGUUGUUCGGAAAAGUUGCCCUAAAAAGGAAAAUACAAAAUAAAUAAUAUCUUAAUUGCAACAUAUUGCCGUUCCAUGAGACCGGCGAUGGCCCAACAUCUUCGCGAUGGGAAGAAUGGAAAGGACAAUUUUUGGCGUACCUGGCGUUGAAAGGUGUUACUGAUCACGAAGAAUUAUACAACGCUCUUAUGUGCUUCGGUGGACCGGACGUCAGGAAAAUUGCGAAAAAUUUGGAGAUCACCGGUAAUAUCCUGGACAACCGUUACAGAGCAGCGAUGGAGGCCUUGGAUAAUUACUUUUCUCCACGAAUGUCACUACGAUACGAGCGGUACAAGUUCAGGCAACUCAAGUUUAAUCCCAAGGAGAAAUUGGACCAGUUCGUUCUACGUCUCAAAAUCCAAGCAGCGGCAUGCAAUUUCGAAGAUCAACUCGAUCAAAUGGUCAUGGAUCAAAUCGUUUAUGCAACUCAAAACGACGAUAAAUUGAGGGCCAAAUAUCUGGAAGCUGAUGUAACUCUGGACGAAAUGCUGAAGAUUGGGCGUACUCAUGAGACCGUGGCCACCCAGGUACAAGAAUUUCGAUCCAAACCAACGUAUGAUGGUAUUGACGUCCAAGAACUGCAAGCGGUGUCUCAUUCAGGCAAUACUCUAAAGGAUAAAGUUGGGAUAAAGGUACGUGCACUAAAUGUUCAGGAAAACACCCUACUGGCGAUCAGAAAUGUCCUGCUCGGGAAUCGAGGUGCAACAACUGUGGAAAAAAUGGGACAUUUUGCACGUUGCUAUUGGAAACCGCGCCAAACCUUUCACCCUUAGGACAGCAAGACAAACGGGCUGUUUCGGAAAGCUCUAAUUAUCCAGCCAGCCGUUUCCGAGGAAGCUCAUCGAACAAGAAACAGAAGUUUGUAAGAGAACUGGAUGAUGUUACCGAUAAGGUGGAGAUCCGUGAGUUGUUCCACCUCGACAACAAACGCAGAGUAGAUGCAGCUGUUGGGGGAGUGAAGCUUCGUUUCGUAGUGGAUACUGGUGCGGAUGAAGACGUCCUCAGCGCAGCCGACUGGAAGACCCUGAAGAAGGUGGGUUUCAAGGCAUUUGAUGUACGGAAAGGCAGCAAGAAAAUUUUCCGAGGAUAUGGUUCAAAUCAUCCCUUGACAGUCCUUGGCGAAGUGGAUGCAGAAAUUUCGAUAGGAGAUCAAGCCUGCAGCACCACGUUCUUCGUAAUCGAAGGAGGAAACUGUUCGUUGCUUUCCGGGAGGUCGGCCGAAAAUAUAGGAGUGGUAAAGUUUCUCAACGUAGCAAACAGCAUUGCUUUGCCCUGCAUCAAAGGUGAGAUUUGAUUAUCAAUUGUUUGUUCUUGAUUAUAAUAUAUAACGAAUUAUGUAGAUAU